AUGCAGGUCUGUCUCCAGCUGCUAAAGCAUUGAUUGGUUGUCUGCCGGUUCUGCUGGGGGUUGCAGCUGCUGUUUAUGUGAUUUACCGUUGCCGCAAAAUCUCUCAACCAAAGUUGAAUUGCAAGACACUGUCAGUGAUUGAGGGAGAAACUGUCCCUCUACACCCUUCUGGUACUGAAAUCAUUAAAGAAGACAACAUACGGUGGCUGUUUAACAAAUCUCCUUUAGCUCAAAUCAAAAGAAAUCCCCCUGCACCUGUUAUUGUUCUUCUUGACCGUUUCAAACAGAGAUUGGAUUGGAACGAAAAUCUUGGACCUCUGAUCAUCAAAAACAUACAAAUCAAAGACUCCGGUUUUUAUGAACUCCAGAUCAUCAGAUCUGAAAAUAACAUCCAGACACUGGAGAUAUUCAGUGUUACUGUCUAUGCAAAGACAGAUCAAAUAAAAAUGAAAGAGGCAAAGGAAGGAGGAUCUGUCACUCUGGAGACUGGUGUUACUGGAAUACAGAAAGAUGAUGAGAUCCUGUGGAAGUUUGGACUUGAAUACAGUCACAUAGCUGCAAUCCAAGGAGGGAAAAAGAAAACCCCAACAUUUGGUGCUGGUUGGAGAUACAGAUGCAGACUGAAGCUGGAUGAGAACGGAUCACUGACCAUCAGGAACAUCAGACCCAUGGACACUGGAUUUUAUGUAUUACAUAUCACCAGACGUGGAAAUACCUCAUUACAUUUAUUCAUAGUUAAAAUCUCUAAUCCCUCUAAGCCAGAGGAGAUGCGUUUGAUAAGUGUGGGCACUUCCAACUCCUGAAUUGUCCAUUCACUGUCAACAUUCAAAAUAAAUCAACAUCAGAUUUCUCCUCAUGUGAGCAUCUCAAAUCCCCCGUAUGAACGAGCUGUAGAUGUGUUUGUAUGCAGAUGAGCCACGCAGUUAAACAACAGUAUAGAACACAGAAACCUUUCAUUUAUUGUGAAGUUGAAGGAUGUUCACAUUGAUCUGUAGACUAACUCUCAUCUUUAUUUGCUCCUCUAAAAUAAAUCAAAUUCAAAUUUUUACAUUUCAUACCUGCAUAUGAUGCAUACCGGAUAAACCACUUGCUAUUUCAGCAAUUAUUAGCCAUAAUAUCUAAUGCAAAAAUGUCAUGUAUAGACUAAGAAUGUGUGUGUACUAAUCCGGUAUUUCACUGACUAAUGUGAUUUUUUUUCAUAUGUAUAACACAAGCAUGUUUAUUCUUCAGGUCAGAUCAGAGUCUCUCUGAUACUGUAACAUUCUCUUCCCUUUUAGAAGAUGAAGUGUUUAAUUCAAGAACUGUCCAGUGUCAGUGUUCAGUCUCUUUGUUAAAACUCUGAUGUGACACAUUUAUUGCAGGAAUUAUCUACACAUUUAUAUUACUUCAGUAUUGUUUUGCUUUUUUUGUUUGCUUAUAACUGGUCUUGCUAUAGUAAAUAAUUACAAUUAUCUUGUAUCCAUUUAUAUUUUGUAUUAUCUGAAGUGAAUGUGCCCAUCUGUGUCUCUGACCAGAUGCGAAUGUGAAAUUGUAAAAUCUGAUACUCCGUUCAUGAUUAAUCACUGUUGUGUGACCUUUUUGAUUUUUUUUAUAGUUCUUUGAUAUUUUAUUAGAGGAGCUUCAGCUUGUAUCAUUUGUAUUUGCUGUUUUGAGCCAAACACACAGCCUUCAUUUACGCUGUUACUGAAUAAAACAAUCAAAA